AUGACAGCAAGCACUACUUCUAAGGAAAAUUUCAAGUUUAUUGCUGGGAAAAUCAGCAUACUGGGUCCACAAUGGGUGAGCAUGUACACCACUGAAAAUGAAACAAAAUUUGAAAAGAUUCAUUUCGAGCAGGCUAUGUCCCACUUGAUCCGGGAGCCAAAUAUUAAUUCUACUGCCAUUCUUAGGACCGAUAUCCUUAUAGAAAAGAGCUACGAUGUGAUGACCUCUGAAUUGACCGAGAACAGGUCAAUAGAAGAGCCAUUGAACCUUGACCAAACUAAUCCACAGAUGAUCAAUUUAGAUGAUUUAGAGAUACGGAACCCCAAAAUAGAUAAUAAAGAUCUACAUCUAGUUCCUAAGACGGAGUUUGUGAGGAGAAUGGUACCCAGAAACCCAUAUAAAGAUCCUUUAAUAAACCAAACAUGUUCAGUUCUGAAUUCGCAAAAAUUCGAAGAAACUUCUUUGGUUAUGUAUAUCCCACAUCUCAAGGAAGAUGACGAAUGGCCCUUUUAUCUACCAAGAGUCAGUGUGGUUGGGAUACUACUUCAUGAAAAGACAUUAUCCGUCCACUACCUUCCAUUCAGUGAUGCCGAAUCUAUUAACUUAUUACAGAAUGAAAAUGAAAGAGUCACAAGAACGGCAUUCAGACUCUUACAAACUGCAUUUAAGCAUUCAAACGGUGUGAUGUUGGGCUACGUGAAAAAAGUGAAUCACGAUUUAGUUGUUGACAAAGUUGCCUUCCAGGAUAUGUACAUCUUUUUGAAAAAAAAAUAUUCAAAGUUUCUUGUAGAAAACUGGGUCGAAUCAACAGACCCUAAAAAACACGUCUUUGAAGAUAUUGCCAUUGCUGCAUUUUUAAUUCAAUAUUGGAAGAAAAUAUACGGUGAAAAUUACAAAGAUGUCAUGCAAUUUAGAGAUUUGGGUUGUGGGAAUGGUGCCCUUUGCUACAUUUUAUUAAGUGAAGGUGCUAAAGGACUCGGUAUCGAUGCUAGACGUAGGAAAUCGUGGUCUAUCUACCCAACUGAAGUUAGAAACUGUCUAAAAGAACAAGUGAUCGUUCCCUCUAUUUUGUUACGUCCGGAUCCAGAACUUAAGAGAAAUAUGCCUCAUUUAACCCAUAAUGGAAGAAUGUUCCCCAUGAAAGUUUCACACGAAUUGAUUGCUCCAGCAACUAUCGUUUACUCAAGCGAAGACCUACUACAAUCUCCACAAGUUGACGUAGCCGAAUAUCCAUCAAAUACUUUUAUUAUCGGCAACCAUUCGGACGAGCUUACAUGUUGGAUACCGUUACUAGGCUACCCAUUCUUGGUAAUACCAUGCUGUUCUCACAACUUAUCUGGACAGAAAGUACGUUAUCAGGCUAGAAAAAAUGCAAAAGCAACCAAAAUAAAUAACAGUACAUAUGCGGGAUUAGUUGAUCAUGUAGAACACAUUGCGGAAAGAGUAGGUUGGAAAGUGGAAAAGGAAAUGUUAAGAAUCCCAAGUACUAGAAAUGCAGCAAUCAUCGGAUCUCCAAAAAGUGAUAAGGACAAUUUUUCCAUUCCAGCAGUUUAUGAGACAUUAAUGGAGGAGGGAGGUGCAGAUACUUGGAUACAAAACACUAUGUUACUGAUGAAAAGAGGUCCAAGAGGUCACUGA